AUGGUGGAAAGGGCGAGGAGGACGGCCAGCUUUCGGCUGGUGGUUCUCAGCGGGCGGGCCUACGUGGAGAGGUACAGAAAAUCUUUCCAGACGAGGGAUGUCUUCACCAUCUGGGGGAUGCUCCAACUGCUGAGGAGGUACCCCGGCCGGGUGCCGGACCUGGAUCUCAUGUUCGACUGCGUCGACUAUCCGGUCGUAAGAAAAGCCACGUACGCCGUGGAGAAGAGAUCGGCGGCGGUGCCGCCUCUGUUCCGGUACUGCGGGGACGACUACACCCUCGACAUCGUCUUCCCCGACUGGUCCUUCUGGGGUUGGUAUGAAAUCCAGUGCCGCUAAUUUGCAGUGAGUCUCCGCAGGGCGAUCUCUGGACCAUGGCAGAGGUAGAUUCAACGUAUGACGUUGCCUGCAGGCCGGAGAUCAACAUAAAGCCAUGGGAGCAUCUGCUGAAGGAGAUGAUGGAGGGGAAUCAGAGGGUCAAGUGGAUGGACAGGGAACGUUACGCAUACUGGAAGGGGAAUCCCUUGGUGGCUUCAAAAAGGCGGGACCUCCUCCACUGCAACGUCUCCGACGCCCACGACUGGAACGCUCGGAUUUUCGUUCAGGUGACUGAAACACCCAUCCCUGACAGUCUCUCCCGGUGUCCUCAAAUAACUAUUUUUUUUUGUGAAAUUAACACGGCCCUUUUAAUGCAAGAACGCGGCCAAUUUAACUAAUUAUUUUUCUUGCUUUAAAAGAAAUCUAUCGGUGGCCCGUGCCCUUGUUGUCUAAACAGAAACGAUGAAUCUUGUAGGACUGGGAACGGGAGUCCCAGAAAGGGUUCGAGCACUCCAACUUGGCGAAGCAGUGCUUACACAGGUGAAAGGAUAUGCGCAUUAAAGGAGAGGCUUCGUCAAUCGCAUUUUUCUAUGUAUACUUACUUCCUCGGCAAUGGGAAUAUUGGCGGCCAGGUACAAAAUUUACAUAGAAGGUUCGACUUGGUCGGUCAGCGAGAAGUACAUCCUGGCCUGCGAUUCCCCCACCCUCCUGGUUAAGCCACAGUACUACGACUUCUUCUCGAGGGGCCUCUUCCCACAGGAGCACUACUGGCCGAUCAGGGACAACGACAAGUGCCGCUCCAUCGAGUUCGCCGUCGACUGGGGAAAUACCCACAAGCGUAAGGUGGGCCCUCGCUGCCUCUCCACUCUCUUCUGCGCCUACUCUGUUUUCUUCCUUCGGCUCAGCCCUUCGUCUGCUCGAACUAGGCGCAGGCGAUGGGGAAGGAGGCGAGCCGGUUCAUCGAGGACGAGCUGAAUAUGGAUACCGUGUACGACUAUAUACUCCACCUGCUGACCGAGUACGCGAAGCUCCUGCGGUUCCAGCCCUCCAAGCCCCCGGGGGCCGUUGAGUACUGUGCGGAGUUCAUGGCCUGCGGCGCGACGGGCCGCGAGAGGACGUUCAUGGUGGAAUCCAUGGUGGAGGUUCCCCGGGAGGCCGGUCCCUGCGCGUUGCCCCCUCCGUUCGAUCCUGAGGAGCUAAGCAUACUGGCCAGAAGGAAAGCUGAUUCCAUUAGACAGGUCGAGAUUUGGGAGGACAAAUCCAGGGCGAAGAGAGAGAAAACCAAGAUCUAG